GUUAGUGUUUAUGUUAAUAUAACAAAAAAUGAUUAUUUUAAAAAUUAUAUCAUUAAUCCACAUUCAUUUAACGCUUGGAUUAUCCUUUUAUUAUUUACAGUGUAAUUUUAUAAUGUAUAUGUUAAAUUAUUUUAGUCAUAACAAUCAAUAUUUAAUGGAAAUGAGUAAAAAUAUAAAAAAAUAUGAUGUGCACAGUUUAAGCAAGUAUGACGAUGCAAUAAAAAAUCAUGGCGAAAUCAUACUAGUAAUGUUAGAUGUUUUAAGAGAAACUGAUAAAACUUUAUACUCAACAGAAUUGAUGUCAGUAAAUUUAUACUUAAAUAACGUAUCCGAAUAUGUAGAUUUUUAUGCUAGAAAUAAUGAAGGAAUAUAUGAUUUGUCAAAUCAAACUUCAAGUAUUCUUAAAGGUUACAAGAUGGUUCAUGAUUUUUUAUUAGAACAGUUAAAGAAAAAGAUAUUAAAACUUUGCAGAAAUGUGAUAUAUGACCAAAUAUUUAUUUAUUGUCCUGAUUACAACGAAUCAGGUGAAUAUACUCCCGAAAAUAUUCAACAUGUUGCAAAAAAACUUAAAAAUCGAUUAAUACAAACUGAUAAGCAACAAAAUGACACUGAUUAUUAUACGAAAAAAUUAGGACUAAGUAAACUAUACAAUGUUUUUAGUAAUGCUAUUAAAAGAUCUAAAUAUUUGGAGCUUUUACCAAAAAAUUUAAUAUUUUAUGACUUAAUAACCAGAAAUUGUGAUAUUUCUGAAAAAGAAAUAAUGAGAAAUUCUCAGGAUAAACAAUAUCCAUUGUUAAUAAACGGACGAAUAAUACGAAUAAAAAACGGACUGCACCCCUUGCAGUAAAUUGUCCUGAUGAAAGUCGAUUGACCCUUUUUGAUAUAUUUAGAUAUAUCAAGUAUACUUUUUAUAGAAAAGAUAAAGAAAUAUUUUAUACACUAAAAUUAACAGCAACAUUUCGUCCUAUUGCUUUACUUGUAAGACUCUUUAUCAGAGUUCUUAGUUCAUCAACAUACAUUUAUGAUUUUCAUGGUAUCCAAACAGAACCUUCAAAAUUCUAUAAAAAAAUCAUUUCUCUUGGUGAGAGAAUAAUUGAAUAUUUUCAACAGUUUGUAAAUAUGAAUCUAUUUGGUGAUGGUCCAACUGAAGUUUUUUUUUCAUUUUCAAAAAAAACUUAUGAAUGCCUUAAUAAUUUUAUUAAUAAAAAUCAACCAAAUCUCAAAUUAUCAAUCACUGAAAUAAUGAAUUCAUUAAAAUUAUUUUUGUAUAAAAACAAAGUUGACGUUAUUAAUUUAUAUGAGCUCAUUACAAAGGACAUUAUCAAUAAUUAUGUUAAUGAAUUGGAUGUGAACCUGAAUCAAGUAGAAGAAUAUCUAGCAAAAUUAGAUAGUCAAAAGGAAUUUUUUAAAGUCACUAUAAAAACUUUUAAUAUUAAUCACAUGUUAAAAAUAAAUUACAAACAUGUUUUUAAUAAAUUUAUAAUAAGUGAGUUAUGUAAAACCAAAGAUAUUUACAAUGUUAUAUAAAUUCAACGAUGAUUAUGUCAAACAAAUCAGUGAAUUCGGAGAUAAAAGUGCAGCCAUUGAUGAUGAAAUUAGAAACAAAAUAGUUAGGCAUAAAAAACAUCCUGAAAUAAUUAUACACAAUAGUGAUAGAUGCGAAUUAUAUAAUUAUAAUUUUUAUCCUAAAUACUUGAUAGAUUUCAUAUUGUACAUAUAAAUUAUGUCGAUUUUUAUGUUUAUGAAUAAAUAUUCAGAUUUUAGUUGAUAAAUAGAUUACCUAUUGUUUUUUUUAUUAUCUUAUAAACUUAUAACAAUUAAUCUAAUUCCAUACUCAAUUACAGACCAUAAGUAGUUGGGAUAAAAGCAAGGAAAAAGAAGAUGUAU